AUCACGGGCGCCGUUCGGGCGACUAGGUGGAAGGCCCGCCAAACCUCGAAGCAUCAGUAUUACGGUGCAAGCCGGACUCCAAUGGAAAUGGAAAAUGGCUCUUGGAGAUCGCCUACGAAUCUUGUUCGGCGUGCUAACGUUUCUCCUCGUUGGGUGCGUGGUCUAUCGGAAUCACGAGCUCAUCUCAAGUGCACCGAAAUCAGAGACUCAUGGAAUCGUGAAACGCCACGUGAAACGUGAAAUUGCUGAGGAGAGAGAUGUCGCGAGAAAACCCAGAGUGUGCACCAAAUUCACCUUGUUCGAAAAGCCUACUUUGUAUCAGAUCGGCGAUCAACAGAGUCGCCAACCCAGCGCAAAGUGCCCUAUAGUCAUACCGAGCUUGGAUCCGUGUUCAUGCCGUUCGCUCGCAAGAGGAAUCGUCGUGGAGUGCAGUGAGCCUCAAAAUGUGAAUGAACUCUCUGGUGCGCUCUCGGAGCUGCGGGACUAUAUUAUGAGCGAGACAAAACUUACUGGACUCGAAUUCAAGCUCCACAAUAGCGAUCUCGACCAGAUCGAGACCAUGUCGCUGCAGUUUCUCCGAGGGAACGUAGUGAUCGAAGGUGCCGAAGGGUCAUUCAGUUUCGCGGAAGCGCCACUUACUAAGAGGGAUUUGAAGUCAGUCCACUUCCUGAGUUGCACUGUAGAUCUCGGUGUCACCACUCUGGCGGCAGCGCCGUCGGUUCUGAACGCUCUCGAAUUUCUCGAAGCGACAUUGGAAAACUAUCGACCCGAAUGGUUGAAAGGUCUGCGAGUCGAUCAGCUGUGGAUACUGGAUUCCAAGGAAAUUAAGUUGCCACUCGCAGCAGAUCUCAAAGGCCUUAAGGUUUAUAAACAUUCGAAGUGUGAUCUCCAAAGCUUAUCUGAGGAAUACAUCCCAAAAGAUAGGAGCCAGCUCCGCCGACUGGAUUUCAGCAUGAACUCCCUUAGCGAAUUACCGGGAAGAAUAUUCGAAGGCAUCCCAAACUUGGAAGAGGUACUGCUGAUAUCGAACCGGUUCACCUCGUUGGACGCAGCAGUCUUCAAACCAGUGAUGGGCUUCACGAGCAUUCAGAGAGUCGACGUGAACGGUAAUUUCAACUUGGAAUGCACGAAAAUGAGCUGGCUCUCGGAGGUUCCGACGGACAUACGUCGCAAGCUCAAAGGUUCCUGUGUGGACGAGUAUGGCGUGGAUGUAAACUUCCUCGAUCUCGAGUCAUAGCGCUUCAGGCGGAACGAAUGUUUUCCAAUAUAGGAUCAUUAAUCAUCCAUCGCACGUCACCAUGUGAAAUAAAACUUCUCUUGUGAAUGCUUCUGGGCCCGUUCCUCAUGAGGUCACUAUGAUGUA